AUGCUGUCGCUUCUCAUCGAUGAAUGCGGCGCCGACGCGUCGGAACUCCCGCAGCUGGUGCGACUGAAUGAGCUGAUUCGCGCGGAGGAAGAAGGGACUGGCGGCGGUUCCAUAGCGGCGCACACCCCAGUCGCGACUCCGGGACCACCCUCUCCACCUCUGGCCUCUCCGACCCUCGCACCCGCCGAGGUCAUCCGCACUGAGAAGCAAGCAGCGGGGUCCGACACCCUGUCCGUGCCGACAUCCGCCAAGGACAACACAGUGCUCGGUUUUCUGCUACACCACUGCGCCGGCCUGGAAGAGCAGGCGCAGUGCACGGCGCUAAAGCAGCUACAUGGAUUGCUUCUCGCGGAGACGCGCGAGGAAGGCGCUGACGAGUCCGCCAAUGGGAACUUUUCCCCGCUCAGGGCCAAGCCACCAACAGCGGCACCCGCUUAUGCUGCCAACGCUGUUGCGGCUGACGCAACCAAGCCAUCACACAAACACGACCAUCCGACGCUCUCAGACGUCAGUGCUAUGCAUCAGAACUGGAUGGGCGCUACCACCGCCGUACCUUCGCCGGCACUGCCGGGGACAGCACCUCCGCCUCCGCUGAGCAUCCCGGUGCCAAUUUUGCCAGGUGCUGGCGAAUGGAAGGGGACCACUUACUUCCGUGCGGAGACGGCUGCUUCGCUCCAACCGUCGACCCAGCCCAUGCUGAGACACGCGGUAUCUGCAGCUUCCGCCAUCGGUGCUGCUUCCGUGAGGGUUGACGGGAAUGCGAUGAGUGACGGGGCCGAUGCAUUGCGGCCCCACCCGCCCCUUCAGCCCUCGGCAAGAAAGGGGCUGCCGCCGAGCGACGACGACAAGCAGGCCGAAAACAAGCAGACGGCAGCCACCGUUUUGUUUCCUUCCCACGCUUCCCCCACCGAAGAGACAUGUGCCGCACAGGCAGCCGACGAGGCGCCUGCUGCAGGUGAAGACGGGCGCGCCGAAUUGAAGGCUACUACCUCCCUGCGACCGCGCCAUACUCCGCACAUGCCCUCCUAUGCUGGCCGCAUGCCGUGCCCGGUCAACGAGGCGCUUGCCGCGCGCAACAGUGCAACUGCUCGGCUGCUCGCAGGAGGUGGAAUGGCCCGUGCGGCAUCUGAAACGCCGCCGGCGUCGCGCCCCAUGUCUGAGUUUGCGAAGCGCUUCGUGGCGGGGCUCUACGAAAGGGGGGGCACACCGUGCGUUGAGGCACUGUCGUCGCCCAUACCCCAGCAGCACCAGCACCACACGCAGCAUCCAACUCAGAUGCUCGCCGCCGGGAGCGGCGUGGGAGCCGUCUGUGGUCGUCGUGCCUCGUCGGAGAGAUCACUUCUUCGAGCGCCUUUGGCGGACAUGUGGCGGUCACGGCAGACAGUCGACGCUUGUCGCGUCCCGCCGGCACAGGAACGAGUACCUCUGCUUGCACGGAAGGUGGCGACACGGCCAAUGCUCCGUGCACCCACGCCGCUUCAGCAUGACCGCCAGCAUAGAGGAACUGGCUCGGAGCCGCUGCGCCCUCAUCGCGCUCUCCCAUACCACCCGGCGGCCGGGUCGCCUACGGUGCUGCCUUGUGCCCGCCCUUUGCGCCGACACUCCUCCUUUUCACACAGCGCUGAGGGCAGCUGUGGCACAGCUGCUGUCGAUUCUCUCUCAGACCUGAUUGUAGUUGGCGUGCGCAUCCAUCUGCCCUUUCUCGUUCCUAAGCGCCCGCGCCACGCCUGA